UGACCGUGGCGGUGUGCGGACGCGUGGUAUCGGCGCUCUUCGUGGUGCAUCGAGGAAGAAAAACCAAAAGCACGAAACACAGUGCGCGAAGUAUCAUGGCAUCCGAGGAGCUCGCGAGGAAGCUGCAGCGCAGGCUGGACGCGGAGCAGCGCGCUCCCGUGCACGCGCAGGACGCGCAGGAGGCACAGGACGCGGCGGACGCGCGGCAGAAGCCCGAGGGGGUCGAGUCCCACGUCCACGGCGGCGGCGGCGGCACCUCUGAGCUGACGGAGAAGCUGAGUCGGCGGCUGGAGAUCAACGAGGGCGCGGCGGAGCGCGCGCACGCGAAGGUGUUCAACCCGUACACAGAGUUCAAGGAGUUCUCCAGGAGGCAGAUCAAGGACAUGGAGAGGAUGUUCAAACGGUACGACUCGGGCAAGGAUGGAUUCAUCGACCUGAUGGAGCUGAAGCUCAUGAUGGAGAAGCUGGGAGCGCCGCAGACCCACCUGGGCCUCAAGAACAUGAUCAAGGAGGUGGACGAGGACUUUGAUGGCAAGCUCAGCUUCAGAGAGUUCCUCCUUAUCUUCCGACGGGCAGCAGCAGGCGAGCUGCAAGAGGAAAGCGGACUGCUUGCUCUAGCACGUCUCUCCGAGAUCGACGUGUCCACUGAAGGGGUGCUGGGUGCACGGGACUUUUUUGAAGCCAAAGUGCAGGCUCUGGCGGUGGGCAGCAGGUUCGAGGCAGAGAUACGGGAGGAGAAGGAGGAGAAGAAACGCCAGGAGCUGGAGAGGAAGCAGCGGCGUGCAGCCUUCAAAGAGCUGCAGUCCACGUUCUGCCAGUGAGGCCGUGUAAAGCGCGUCUGACUCGGCAGCCUCCACAUGGACAUCAGACGUGUGCAUCAUAAUCGUCACGCUAUUGCACAAUUUUUGGGCUUACAAGUGAAAAGGAAACGGACGUUGGGGCAAAACUCACACCGACGUUCCUUGAAUUGGAUUUUAAAUAUUCGGUUGCCGAUUUUGCGUUUUCAUACGUUACGAGUAUUCUUCAUAUUUGAAUGGUCUUUUAGGUUAAAGAGGCGAGUGAAAGGGACGAUGUUCAUUAUUUUUCCAAAAAUUAUCCAAAAAAAAAAAAAAAAACACAGAGCAAGGGAGGUGAACGUUCGGAAAUUCACAUUCACUUUUUCAAUAGUUUCCAUUAAUAAGGAUGCCACUCUGGACAUGUCAGCAUAGAGUUGCAGUUAUAUUUUUAUUCUGGGAUCCUAGAGGGAUAUGACUAUGAGGUAGUUGUAAGGAUUUUUAGAUAUUUAAUGGGUUAUGCUGUCUCGGUUCUCUAUAUUUAUAAGAUAUUUAAUAUUUAACUAAAAGCUUGCUUAUGUUUAACUUUAGCGUUUAACUGUUGAG